AUGACAAUGAGCACUUCAUCUUCUGCUUCAUCUCGUUUGACAAACAGGCGAUCAAGAAAAUCCGAAGAACAUCUUUUCAAGUGGGUGGAUGAAGCCUUGCUAGAUGAGACUAGAAUGGUGGAGGCAAAGCAUUUGAGUCCUGUUGAAGAGGUGAAAGAAAUGAAAGUGAAAAUGGAGCUUCAAGAGAGGAUGAUUCGGAAGAUGGACGAAGAGCUUAAGGCAAAGCUUGAAGAAAGAGUGAAAGAAGAGAUAAUGGUGGCUGCUGAACCAGGGAAGAAGAUGACUGACAAGAUGCCUAAAACGAGUCUGCAAAAAUUUGGGAUCAUAAUGUUGGUUCUAGGAACAGUAUGA